AUGGCAACCCGUUCCCGGCUGCCCUCUCAAGCCUGCUCCCCUGUCAAUCAGGGACAGCUGGAAGCCUUCCUUCUGCCAACCUCCCCUGAGCUUGGCAAAGUAUCCCUCAAGCAAGUCAUCAACCUACUCUGGGGACUCCAAGGCCAAAUUGACCGCAUUGAGCAGACCCUCUUGGAACAAACCAAAAUUAGUGAAGAGGUUCAAACCAAUGUUGAGAACAUCUUGCAAACAGUCAAUACUGUCAAGGAUGGGCUUGCCCAACUCCAGCUUACCCAGGGCCCCCACAUCCCAGAAGAACAAAAACCCCUUGCGGUUGAAGAAACUCCCAGGGCCGCACCCAAAGCCAAGCCUAUUGGCCAGGCUCAACCACCCCUUGGGGCCCCAGCCCCUAUCAUCUCCACAGGGGCCCCCAGACGCAACCCCCUAUCCUUCUUCAGCCCCUGUCCCUCCUUGUCUUUCCCUUCAGGACCGGCUCCAGCAGCCCCCAUGGUCCCUCCAGCAAUCCCUGCAGCCCCUGCAACAGCACCCCAAGCCACUCCAGCUCUGCCUCCAGCCCGCUCCACUGUAAAAGUGGACCACCCAGAUGCCUUUAAAGGCAAAAUUGGCUUGGAGGCCAAACAAUGGCUAACCUGCAAGCUGGCCUGGGUUUGCCUCAAUCAAGGGCAGUUUCCCUUGGACCUGGAAACCCUAAGCUUCCUACUCAUGAAUAUGAUGGAAGCAGCUGGAGCCUGGGCACAUCCCCACUUGGACCAACUAGGGUCCCACCACGCACUCAUCCAGACAGUGGAUGAGUUCAAAACCAAGUUCUUGGCCGCCUGUGGCAACCCUGACGCAACCCAAGCAGCGGAGCGGAAAAUUACUUCCCUCACUCAGACCAGCACUUGUGCCAAAUACAUUACCAAGUUCUGCACGCUGCAAAUGGAACUUGACUGGAAUGACGCCGCACUCUGCGGCCAGUUUGCGCAAGGACUCCACUGGGAAGUCCAAAAACAGAUUGCCACAAGGGAGAGGCAACCACGCACUCUGAGGGAGCUGCAAGACGCUGCCCUCAUUAUAGACAAUGCCCUCCGUGAGGAGAGAGCCAGCCACCCGCCACAGGGUAGUAAGUCUGGAAAAUCUUCCACCACCCCCAAUUGGGGGGCAAGUACUGACCAACAGGCCACCACAACCGGUCCCCUUUCCUCUGAUCCCAACUACGUAUUGGAGGAAGAAUGCAACUCUUGCCGUGCAGAGGGCCUCUGUGUCAAAUGCAGCAAACCAGGGCAUAAAUUUGCCAAAUGUUGGACCAGAUGGAAGGCCACCCCUAAGGAGGAUGAAGGGAAGGCCAAAGAAACUGCCAAGAUUGGCAAAGACUCCAAGUACCAAUUGGGAAAAGAGUAA